AUGACACUCGAAAGCGAUGCGAUAGCAGGCGCGACGAUCGAACUCCUCGAGGCGCGGCUUCGUCGCCUCAACUACCUCCUCACUGGAGACACCAGCUGGACUGGUGUCCCCGCCGCGCCCCCGAAACCCGACACGCUUGACGAGACGGCAUCGCGGCGACUGGCUCGUCUGGAGAGGGAGCUGGAGAGGCUUAGCAAGAGCAUCCCGGCUGUUCGAGAAGUUAUUCAGCUCCACGACCGUUUCCCCGAGCUGUUCAGCUCGACGCCAUCGCAGAACCCUCCCGAAGGUCUCACGACCCAGAACCUCGCGUCUAUUGUCCUAUCUUACGCGACUGCAUUUCCAGAGACCUCGUCCCGGCUCAGCUCGUUGACGGACCUCCCCAUUCCGGACGCGCAGAUCUCCGCGUCCCUGAUCGAACUCCAGCCGAAACUGAACAAGCUCACCCAGGUGCAACAGGAGCAGGCGAAGGAGGUAUCUGCGCUACGGAUCCGGACGGCUAAACUGCUACAGCGAUGGUAUGAGAUUGGAUUGGUGGGUGGGGGGGAGUGUUGGGCGGAGUGGGAGGGCCGGUUGGAGGAUGUUGAGAGGGAAGUUCGACGAGAAGAGGUCAUCCGCGAACGUCGGGCAAAAGAAUUAUAA